GAAUUAUAUGAUGGAUUAUAUGAUGAAACAUAAACGUGUUGGCGCCUAUGUGGUUGUCCAAUUCUUAUCUUUUUAAUGUAUCGCCUCUAAUAACCUCCAGCUGUGACCAUCCGUGGUUUUACGUGCACCUUGCGAGGAAAGACCGACCAAACGUGACAAUGACUCGGCAUUUUUACUCUUUAUUUUGUGCUUCGUUACUUUUCGGCCUCGGCUGCUGCCAAACAAGUACCGACGGCUCAACGUUUUCCGCAACGCGAAAUAAAUUAACCAAACUCGGCACUCCAAAAUCCAAACCUCGCACAAUUCAAGUGAACAAACCCACCCGCGGGUUGCUUGACCACGUCACCGCAAAAGGAAAUACCCGUUUGGGCUUAACAUACCUUCCGGACGUGUCUGUGACCUGCUCCGCGUUCGAUUUGGUCGUCCGUGUUAAGCCGUCUUUCUACGGAUUCGGCGCGGAUGAGUCGGAGCUCCAACUGGGCCCAAACUGCCGAAGCAACGGUGCCCUGAGCCCCUUCGGAGACCUGCUCUUCAUCUAUCCCCUGACGGCGUGUGGAUCCCGUAAAGAGUUGCAGCGGGACUUCAUUGUCUAUAAAUUCACUCUCCAUUAUGAACCUUCAACCGAAAGGUUUCCAAGCGGAGCGCCUCGGAUUGACGUCGACAUUGAAUGUCGUUUUCAAAGGUACCACCAUGUGUACCAACUGGCAGUCAAGCCCACCUGGACAAAUACCUUUGCGCGUAAAACUCUGAGAGCCCAUCCAAAUGAGUUCCAAAUUCAUCUUAUGGAUGAUUCAUGGCGCAAUCCUGUCAAAAAUAAAGUCUUCCACCUUGGUCAGAGGGUUAACGUCCAAGUCUCUGCUCCACAUCUGCCCGCUGGAAGGAGACUGUACAUCAGCGACUGCUAUGCUUCCCCAGGCGGUGGCUCUUCAUCGUCCUACAAGUACACAAUCAUUGGCAAUAUGGGUUGCAUGAUGGACAGCAAGCGAGACACUGGAGGGGCCUCUCAAUUCGUCGCACAUGCUAACGGGACUCUGAGGUUCUCAUUCAAGGCCUUCCAGUUCAUUUUUGAUCCAGACAGUGAGAUCAGCAUUCACUGCAAAUUAUUUGCCACAUCAAAAGAGCCAGGCCCAGCGCAGAAAUCGUGCACUUAUGGAGAGGAUGGGUGGAAGGCCCUUUCGGGAGAUGAUUCCAUUUGCAAGUGCUGUGAUUCACAAUGUGUGAGCUCUAAAUCCAUGAGAAAAAGCAUGGAAGGGUCCAUAAGGAGUGGCUUAAUGGUUUCAGAUCAGCCGCUGGUUGCAGAAGAAGGCUUACCGCGUGUCAGAAGACUGAACAAUCCCCUCCACGAUGUGCAGAGUGAUGACAUCUUGUGGCAAAAUGCAGACAUUCUUAAGAAUGAUGACCAAGAACAAAAAGACUAUGUGGACGAUUCUGCAGGAGAAAGUGUGAUUCUAGAAGAAAAUAUAAGACAUGACGGUGACCCGGUUGCUCUUCAGAGGAAAAGAUCCGAAGCCAGCGUGCAAGGAGAUCUGCCACCGUUUCAUGACAAAGGUGAUGAAGGAAACCAAAAUCACUCGAAUGGGACUGAAGAGGCAACAAGAGUGCAAUCCUCCGAUGUGAACAAAAAUGAGCUGGUAGAUGAUCAAGAGCUGACUUGGUAUUUUACAUGGAUGUAAUAUUACCACAGCUGAAUACAUCACUCUUCACACGCUCCCAUCUCAAAAUAAAAUUGGGCCUGCAUUAUGAUGUUGUAAACAUA